AUGCGCAGGGAGCUCGGGGAAGGGGCGGGGUUCCGUGUGCGGGGCCGGAAGCAGCGGCCGGCUCAGGCAGUGACGGUUUUAAAUCCCCCUGGGCAGUGAUGGACGCGCGGGCGCGAGCUAAGCGCUACGAGAAGCUCGACUUCCUGGGCGAGGGGCAGUUUGCCACUGUUUAUAAAGCAAGGGAUAAGAACACCAAUCAGAUUGUUGCUAUUAAAAAGAUUAAACUUGGACAUAGAUCGGAAGCUAAAGAUGGAAUCAACAGAACAGCCCUGAGGGAGAUAAAAUUGUUACAGGAGCUAAGCCAUCCAAAUAUCAUUGGUCUUCUUGAUGCAUUUGGACACAAAUCCAAUAUUAGUCUGGUCUUUGAUUUUAUGGAAACAGAUCUAGAGGUUAUAAUAAAGGAUAGUAGUCUUGUGCUGACACAAUCUCACAUCAAAGCAUAUAUGUUGAUGACACUUCAAGGACUGGAAUAUUUACAUCAGCACUGGAUUCUGCACAGGGAUCUCAAACCAAACAAUUUGUUACUAGAUGAAAAUGGGGUUCUAAAAUUGGCUGACUUUGGCUUGGCAAAAUCUUUUGGAAGCCCAAAUAGAGUCUAUACACACCAGGUAGUAACAAGAUGGUAUCGAGCACCUGAGCUACUGUUUGGUGCUAGAAUGUAUGGUGUAGGUGUAGAUAUGUGGGCUGUUGGCUGUAUCUUAGCAGAACUGCUUCUUAGGGUUCCUUUUUUGCCAGGAGACUCUGAUCUUGAUCAGCUGACAAAAAUAUUUGAAACGCUGGGGACUCCAACAGAAGAACAGUGGCCUGGCAUGUCUAGUCUUCCAGAUUAUGUAACAUUUAAAAGUUUCCCUGGAAUGCCACUUCAACAUAUCUUCAGUGCAGCUGGUGAUGACUUGCUCGAUCUUCUCCAAGGUCUAUUCAUAUUUAAUCCUUGUACUAGGGUCACAGCUACACAGGCAUUGAAACAGAAGUAUUUUAGUAAUCGACCAGGACCAACACCAGGAAGUCAAUUGCCAAGACCAAACUGUCCCGCAGAAGCCUUAAAAGAACAACAAAAUUCACUUUUAAAUUUAAAAAGGAAGAGAACAGAAGGAAUAGAUCAAGGAUUACCAAAAAAGUUGAUUUUUUGAUUACCGUGGAUGAUGACGAUUAAAUGGCCUGAAAGACCAAGACAAUGGGAAAAUGCUGCAACAUUAACUGAACUUUGAUGAAAAGUGAAUUUGUAAUAUAUUUACAUGUGUAAAAUGUGAAACUUAAUAUUUCAAUGCUGAAACCAUGUGGAGUGUUUUAUUAAACCUAUUCCUCUUUGAAUAAAUAUAUUUUUUAAAAAGA